AUGGCUGACAAGCUUUCAGAGUGGGACAUCCAGGAAGUCAUUUCACCUUUUCCAGAUAUACUGAUCAUGAGCGUCUCUGUGAUCAAGUUUGCAAACAGAGAUUUCCUGAAAUUAGAUCGAGCUAUAGUCGCAUUGACUUGUCACAACAACCUGAAGGAUCCCGAUGCUGACCAAGUGAGCUUCUUUUUGGCACAGGCUCACAUUGAUGCUCCUGCCCUUGUCAACCCCAUUGUGUACUUGAAUCCCUCAAUGACUUUCUCUCUCCUUCAGCCCCUCCAAGACAUACAUUUCUCAAUCUAUCAUCUUCAUGCUCACAAACAGAAUGUUAUUUCAAUGAUAGAGAAGGUCGGAGGGAAACUCGUCUGCUUAAGGAGCACAAUGUGGUUAGACUAA